AGCGUUGGAUCAAACAACUCAAACGGUCCGAAUUUGAAACGAACGCCACUAACGAAACCCCGACCCAUUUUACAUCCGAGGCGUUGCUAAUACACUUCCACCGACUUUUCUUCUUGGUUCGGUUGUUCCCAACUUCCACUCCAUAUACCAAAACCCCAAACGAAAAAGCAUAUUCCUCUCUCUCUCUCUCUGCCCGCGAGGUCGAGGCAGCAGUUCUGCAAUUCCAAUGGCGGCCAUGAACCGCCUUUUGAAACCCUCACAAUUCUCCUCCUCCUCCGCGAUCGCAUCCCUCAGGCGGUGCCUAUCAUCAGCUGCGGCGUCGGAGACCGAGUCUCGCUUGAAAUCUCGGAGUUGUCUGCCUCCGAGCGCAGAUCCCAAGGGUAGGAACGUCCAGUGGGUGUUCCUGGGCUGCCCUGGCGUCGGAAAGGGCACUUACGCCAGCCGCCUCUCUUCCCUCCUCAGCGUCCCUCACAUCGCCACCGGUGAUCUCGUCCGCCAAGUGCUCUCUUCCCAUGGCCCUCUCUCUCAUCAGCUUGCAGAGAUUGGAAACCAAGGGAAACUGGUUUCGGAUGAGAUUAUAAUAAGGUUACUGUCUAAGAGACUUGAGGCUGGAGAAGCUAAAGGUGAAUCAGGAUUCAUUCUUGAUGGUUUUCCUCGAACAAUAAGACAAGCGGAAAUAUUGGACGAGGUGACAUAUAUUGACUUGGUGGUCAAUCUAAAGCUCCCAGAAAAUGUACUGCUUGAGAAAUGCCUUGGGCGAAGGAUUUGCAGUGAGUGUGGAAAAAAUUUCAAUGUGGCCUCCAUUAAUGUCAAGGGUGAGAAUGGGAAUCCUGACAUUAGCAUGGCUCCACUUCUUUCUCCUCCACAAUGUGCUUCAAAGCUCAUCACACGGUCUGAUGAUACUGAAAUUGUGGUAAAGGAACGCCUUCGCAUAUACAAUGAAAAGAGUAAGCCUUUGGAGGAGUUCUACCGAAAUCAAGGAAAGUUGCUGGAGUUUGAUCUGCCUGGGGGGAUUCCAGAGUCGUGGCCGAAGUUGCUGGAAGCUCUUAAUCUCGAUGAUCGUGAAGAGAAGCAGUCUGCUGCAGCGUAAAUUCUCACUAAUUGCUUUCUAAGUCCUCAUUAUUUGCAUGUGUAAAGUUGCAUGCCUGGCAAUUUUGCAGAAAGAAGAGAAGGAUUUUUUUUCAUUUACUUAUUUCGAUAGUCUGAGGGGAAAUAAUCAAAACAUGGUUAAUAACCCAGCCAUGUGAUCAUGGCAUUGGACUUCUAUUUCACCAAGAGGUCUGUUGUACCCUAAUAUAUGAGAAAGAGGGAGAGCAUAAAGAAUUUAGGUUUUUUUUAUUUUUUUAUUUUUAAUUCUAAUUUCUUUGUCUUGGUAGACUUUAAUGCUAUGUUUGGGUUAUAAAUUUAUGAGUAAACCCUCUUGUAGAUUGAUGAUGUGGCAGCUUCUUUUUGUUAUAAAGGCAUGUUCUUUGUUUUGUUUA